UGGACACAUGAACCCAGCCCUUGCAUAGCCCUGCGAAGGUCUGCGGCUGCGCCGCGGACUGCGCUUGUCUGAAAAGAACUUAUAGUUCAAAUAACAUGCGUAACCUUGAAGCUUGACCAUCAUUUCUACCCUUUAACGACAAUUAAUUCACCAUGGAAGAAGAAGUAGCUGCCAUCGUUAUUGACAAUGGUUCCGGCAUGUGCAAGGCUGGCUUUGCUGGUGAUGAUGCUCCCCGUGCCGUCUUCCCCUCCAUCGUUGGUCGUCCCCGACACACGGGUGUCAUGGUUGGUAUGGGACAGAAAGACUCUUACGUCGGUGAUGAGGCUCAGUCCAAACGUGGUAUAUUGACGCUCAAGUACCCUAUCGAGCACGGUAUUGUCACAAACUGGGAUGACAUGGAGAAGAUCUGGCAUCACACUUUCUGCAACGAGCUUCGUGUAGCCCCAGAGGAGCACCCCGUCCUGCUCACAGAGGCUCCCCUAAACCCUAAAGCUAACCGUGAAAAGAUGACACAAAUCAUGUUCGAGACUUUCAAUGCACCCGCAUUCUAUGUAGCCAUUCAGGCAGUCCUGUCAUUAUACGCUUCCGGUCGCACGACGGGUAUUGUGAUGGACUCUGGUGACGGUGUCACGCACACUGUACCUAUCUACGAAGGUUUCUCUCUUCCUCACGCUAUCCUCCGUCUCGACCUCGCUGGUCGUGAUCUUACCGACUAUCUCAUCAAGAACCUGACCGAGCGUGGUUACUCUUUCACGACGACCGCCGAACGUGAAAUCGUCCGGGACAUAAAGGAGAAGUUGUGCUACGUCGCCCUCGACUUUGAGCAGGAGAUGCAGACUGCCGCUCAGUCAUCGGCCCUAGAGAAGAGCUACGAGCUACCUGACGGUCAGGUCAUCACCAUCGGUAACGAGCGAUUCCGUUCACCUGAAGCGCUUUUCCAGCCUGCUUUGCUUGGUCUCGAAUCCGCCGGUAUCCACGAGACAACGUACAACUCGAUCUUUAAGUGCGAUCUUGAUAUUCGUCGCGAUUUGUAUGGCAACAUCGUAUUGUCGGGUGGUACUACAAUGUUCCCUGGUAUCUCCGACCGUAUGCAAAAGGAGUUGAUAUCGCUCUCACCUUCAAGUAUAAAGGUCCGGAUUGUCGCUCCCCCUGAGCGGAAAUACUCCGUCUGGAUUGGUGGUUCCAUCUUGGCUUCGCUGUCCACUUUCCAGAAUCUAUGGUGUUCAAAGCAGGAGUACGACGAGUCCGGUCCCGGCAUCGUUCAUCGCAAAUGCUUCUAAACGUGAUAAAGAAGUAGCGAAAAUGCAUCAUGUCUGAUGUGCUAGAAUAGCAUUGUUUUUGAUUUACGACCUUGAGA